AAAAAAUGCAGCAAAUGGAUUUCGAAGAGAAAAUAACUAAUUUCAUGACCAUAACUGGAUGCUAAGAUUAUUAGAAAGCAUAAUCAUACAUUUAGAUGGCUUAAAAUAACCUUGAUGUAUUCAAAACUUUUUAUUUAGAAUGCAAUACAACUCUAUUUUGAUUUUGAGGGAGUUCAAAGUCAAGGCACACAACAGAAACCAUAAUAAGAUUAAUUAUAAUAGAGGUCAACAACAUAAGAAACUUCAUAGGGUACAAUGUAUUUAUUAUAGAGUUAGGAAUAGUUUAAAAUUUUAAUUAAAGUAAUAGAAGAUAACCUUAAGAUAUUGCAUUAAUUGAAAAAUAUAGGAUAUAUCAUGAAGAAAAGAGAGCAAAGGAGGGCAUAAUCAAUAAAACUUUUCAAAUCGGUGCAAGUCUCGUCUCAUAUUUUUGUAAUAUUUAAGUUUCUAUAUAGUCAAAAAUGCACCUAAUUAUGGGAGUGAAUUCUUGAAAUACCUCUAACAACAUUAGAUUCAAACAUAGAUACAGUUUCAAUCUGGAAACUUUUAGGAUAAGUUGAAAAAAGCAAAUGAAGAAACAAGGCCAUUAUUAGUCUAUUUGCAUAAUCAUUAAAGCUUGUUGAUAUUGCAGAAAAUGUCCGAUUGCAAACCCUUUGUCACAAAUCUUAAUAAAAAUUAUUUAAUACUCGGGUUGUUGAAUAGUCCAUAAGUAAUUGAAAAAUUGCCAAAUAAACCAGAACCUCCAACUAUUUUAAUCUACAAAUUAGAUAUAGUGGAUGAAGUUGUUUUAAUGGAUCAAAUUUCUUUAUCGAUAGAUACCAAUUUUGAAGAAACUGCCUAAAAGAUUAAGACAAUUAGGGCAGCUUUCAAUAAAGAAUAUAUUUAUAUCGAAAAUCUCAAAAAAGAAGUCAAUUCUCCUAACUAACCGAACUUAAAUUACUAUUACAAUAGUUAACACAGUUUCCAUCAUGUUCAACAAUAAUAGCAAACACAAACGCAAGGGCAAGUGCAAAAAUAAAAGGAGGAUUAAAGAGAAAGAGAUUUAUUAAUUCAAUAAUAAAAAGAAGCUUAUCGUUUUGCAGAACAAUAAGCUAUAUUGAAAAAAUAAAGGGAUGAAGAAUAAAGGUUAUAAGAAUAAGCCAAAUAAUUCGAAGAAUAGCAAAAAGAAGUAUAAAUAAUAAUAUUACAUAUAAGGAGUAAAGAUUAUUGAAAAAAGCCUAGUUAUUAUCAAAUUUACCCGAGGAACCAGCCAAUACUUAAGGUAUAUCAAUACUAUUCAGAUUUGUAAAUGCUACUCGAACAAGGAGAUUCAAUUUUAGUGAUAAAAUCUAAGUAUAAAUUAAUACUAUAGAUAGGUGUUAUUUGAUUUUGUUGAAAGUCAAGAAGACGAUUGCUUUAACGAUCCUCAUGCCAAAAUUGACUUAAUCUAAAAUUUCCCAAGACUGUCAUUAAAGGACAAGACUGAAUUCCCCAUAAGUGAAGUGUUUGUUGAUUCUGAAAUGGAAUAAUUGAUUGUAGAUGAAUAGGAGUGA